AUGGCGGCUGUGGUGGGCCACCUGCGGCUGCAGGACUUCCCCGACCACUACCAACCGGUCUAUGACUUCAUCCGCCACCCGAUGCCGCCCGCCAUUGCUGUCUCGGUGUACAUUGUGGGCGUGUACUUCCUCGUCAAGACGUACUUCCUCGAGCGCGAAGUCGUCGGCCGCGCCCACAAGAAAUUCCAGGCACACGGCAACAAGCUCCCGGUCGCCAUCCACGGCGUGGGCUCGGUGGUGGAGAUGGCGGUCGGCUGCGCUGCCGUGUGCAAUCCGGACAGCGAGCUACUGGCCAAAGCCGCCGCGUACCUCGCGCUCUUCGUGAACGUGCCGUCCGGCGCAGUCCUCACCAGCCGCGUCUUCGGCAUCAAGCACCUCACCGUGGCGGGCUUCGCCAAGUUCGGCGUGCUGCGCACGAUGGAGGCGUACCGUGUGCUCUACGUGGACUACCGCCUCGUGCCGAACCUCUGGAUUUUGCUGCAGGUCGGCACGGUGGUCCGCUUGCUCGGCUGGUUCGUGUUGCCGUACUCCUCCUCCGAUGGCACGCGUGGCGACCUCUUCACCGAGCCUGCGAUCUACUCCUUCAACAUCCUGCUUUCUGGCUACCUCGUCGCGGCGUUUGUGUACCCGCCGGAGUUGCUUUUGAUCUCACUCUCUCUCUACGCCACCACCCAGCUCUUCUGGCCUCCUCGCAUGAGCGUCAGGCUGCGCCCGAAGGCUGCCUAA